CUCAGUCACAGGGGAAAUGGGCACGUUUGGAUUCAGAUGUUCCACUCAGCAACUGCCAACAAAUAUACCAGUAUUAUUGCUAAGUUGUUACAGAACCUUAAAUAUGUUGCUGCAUAAUUUCAAGAUUAAUUUACAGAAGAUAUAACAGUAGCGCAUUAUAUACACGGAUUUUUACACGGGAUUUUCAUUUUCUGAAGAACAAAAAAAACCACCGGAUUCAGAAGUCCUGAAAAAAAACACAGAUGCUAAAAAGGAAUUGCUACCUCAGUAGUAACUUGUAACGCUGUCAUCAAUCAAGUGAUAUACGCUCUGAGCUACAGUGGCUUUGCAAUAACUCUCUAAAUUCCAUCAUCAGUCACUUUCAGAGUGGCGAGCUUUUCAGAAAGAAUAUCUAUACUCAAAGUGGACAAGAUUCACCCUUUUCAUUCAUUACUUACUUUGCUUGGUCCGCAGUCAUCUGGUAUUUCCUUUUAAAAUGCAUUGGAUCACGAUUUUACUUGCCGGGUUGACUUUUUGUGGAAAACUGUCAAUGUACAAUGGCUUAGAUUAUGAUUAUAGUUAUGAUUUUUAUGACGAAGAAAAAAGUGAGACGAUUGAUUACAAGGACCCUUGCAAAGCUGCUGUCUUUUGGGGCGACAUUGCUUUAGAUGAAGAAGACUUGAAAAUGUUUCAAAUCGAUAGAACAACUGACCUCACUCAACACACAAAUGAAAGACAAGGUCACACAACAGGUGGCUUAGGGGAGCAUGCCAUAUCCAAGAAGAAAGGAUCACUUUAUCAGCUUAUAGACAGAAUAAGAAGAUUUGGCCAUGACAAUGGGAGAAAAAACACAACAAAUGAAACUGGGAGCACAAAAUCCUCAGGGAAAAGCAAGAAAAGCAGAGUUCCCAGAGCUGCAACUUCUCGCGCUGAGAGAAUAUGGCCUGGAGGCGUCAUUCCGUAUGUUAUUGGAGGCAAUUUCACUGGCAGUCAGCGAGCUAUGUUCAAACAGGCCAUGCGACACUGGGAAAAACACACAUGUGUUACUUUCAUGGAGCGGACGGAUGAGGAAAGUUACAUUGUCUUCACAUACAGGCCUUGUGGGUGCUGCUCCUAUGUGGGGAGACGAGGAAAUGGUCCUCAGGCCAUUUCUAUCGGCAAGAACUGUGAUAAGUUUGGAAUUGUUGUGCACGAACUGGGACAUGUGAUCGGGUUUUGGCAUGAACAUACACGACCAGACCGGGAGGAUCAUGUAACCAUUAUUAGAGAAAACAUCCAACCAGGUCAGGAAUACAACUUCCUGAAGAUGGAACCUGGAGAAGUGAAUUCUCUUGGGGAACAAUAUGACUUUGACAGCAUCAUGCACUAUGCCAGGAACACCUUCUCAAGGGGCAUGUUUCUGGAUACUAUUCGUCCCUCCCGCGAUGAAAAUGGUAUAAGACCUGCCAUUGGCCAGAGAACACGAUUAAGUAAAGGAGACAUUGCACAGGCAAGGAAGCUGUAUAGAUGUCCAGCAUGUGGAGAAACAUUACAGGAGUCAACUGGUAAUUUCUCAUCCCCUGGAUUCCCUAAUGGAUACCCCUCUUACACUCACUGUGUUUGGAGAAUCUCAGUUACCCCAGGAGAAAAGAUUGUCCUGAACUUCACAAUAAUGGAUCUUUACAAAAGCAGUUUGUGCUGGUAUGACUACAUUGAAGUCAGAGACGGCUACUGGAGGAAAGCACCCUUACUUGGUAGAUUCUGUGGGGACAAAAUCCCUGCGGUUUUGACAUCUACAGAGAGUCGGAUGUGGAUAGAGUUCCGCAGUAGCAGUAACUGGGUGGGGAAAGGCUUUGCUGCUGUCUAUGAAGCCAUCUGUGGAGGUGAGAUCAGCAAAGACGCGGGCCAGAUUCAAUCCCCCAACUAUCCAGAUGACUACAGACCAAUGAAGGACUGUGUAUGGAAGAUAACAGUGUCAGAAAACUACAAUGUGGGAUUAAGCUUUCAGGCUUUUGAGAUCGAGAGACAUGAUAACUGUGCCUAUGACUAUCUGGAGGUGCGAGAUGGGAGCACAGAGAACAGCCCUCUGAUUGGCCGUUUUUGUGGCUAUGAUAAACCAGAAGACAUCCGAUCUACCUCAAAUAAAUUAUGGAUGAAAUUCAUUUCGGAUGGAACAGUCAACAAGGCAGGAUUUGCUGCAAACUUCUUCAAAGAGGAAGAUGAAUGUGCCAAACCUGACAAUGGAGGGUGCGAACAGCGAUGUGUGAACACACUGGGUAGCUACAAGUGUGCCUGCGAUCCUGGCUAUGAACUUGCUCCGGACAAGAAGAGUUGUGAAGCUGCCUGUGGUGGUCUCCUGACCAAGCUGAAUGGAACUAUUACAACUCCAGGCUGGCCCAAAGAAUAUCCUCCCAAUAAGAACUGUGUGUGGCAAGUGGUUGCUCCUACUCACUACCGGAUCUCCAUGCAGUUUGAGUUUUUUGAGCUUGAGGGAAAUGAAGUUUGCAAAUAUGAUUAUAUAGAAGUCCGCAGUGGCCUUUCCUCUGAUUCCAAACUGCAUGGAAAGUACUGUGGAACAGAAGUGCCUGAAGUCAUCACGUCCCAGUACAACAACAUGAGAAUAGAGUUCAAAUCCGACAACACAGUAUCAAAGAAGGGCUUCAAGGCACAUUUCUUUUCAGACAAGGAAGCUUCCUGCAAAGACAAAAUGUUUGUUUUUGAAUCUUGCAAGGACUUGGUGCAGGUUGCCACUUCAGGGCGAGUACGUAUUAUUGAGAGACUGGCGGCCUCUGAGGGUCUCAGAGACAAGGAUGAGUGCUCCAAGGACAAUGGCGGCUGUCAGCAUGACUGCAUCAACACUAUAGGGAGCUAUGUAUGUCAGUGCCGCAAUGGAUUUGUGCUACAUGAAAACAAACAUGACUGCAAAGAAGCUGAAUGCGAACACAGUGUCCACAGUCCCAAUGGAGUGAUCACCAGCCCCAACUGGCCAGACAAGUACCCAAGCCGUAAGGAAUGCACAUGGGCAGUUACAGCUACUCCUGGGCACCGUGUGAAAGUGUCUUUUAAUGAGUUUGAGAUCGAGCAACAUCAGGAAUGUGCCUACGACCAUCUGGAGGUGUAUGACGGAGAGAGUGACAAAGCUGCAAUUCUCGGGCGGUUAUGUGGCAGCAAAAUACCAGAUCCUGUUAUCUCCAAUGGCAACAAGAUGUAUCUCAGGUUCAUUUCAGAUGCCUCAGUACAAAGGAAGGGCUUUCAGGCCACCCACUCCACAGAAUGUGGAGGCAGGCUGAAAGCUGAGACCAGACUAAAAGACCUGUAUUCACAUGCACAAUUUGGAGACAAUAACUACCCAGGACAGGUGGAUUGUGAGUGGAUGAUAACUGCAGAGAAGGGAUAUGGAAUAGAGCUGACCUUCCAGACAUUCGAGGUGGAAGAGGAAGCAGACUGUGGCUAUGACUACAUGGAACUAUUCAAUGGUUACGACAGCACAUCUCAGAGACUAGGACGGUUCUGUGGAUCAGGGCCACCUGAAGAAAUCUACACUGCAGGAGAUGCUGUGCUGCUUCACUUCCACUCCGAUGACACGAUCAGCAAGAAAGGGUUCCAUAUACGAUACACAAGCACAAAGUUUCAAGAGGUUCUCCAUACCAAAAAAUAAUCUGGGAAUAUCAUCACACAGAAACUUUUUUUUUUUUUUUUUUUUUUUUUUUUAUAAAAAGAAACCAAAACAUUUUUCUAUCAUUGAAAAAAAAGUCAGAAAGGCAAAUUAAAACUCUUCAGUGCAGAAUGAAAGUUUUGUAUCCCAGUGGAGUAGACAAUAAAUAAGAUUUGUUCUGUGUUGGAGGUCAGCUGAGGAUCUUGUGAAAGCAGCAUCCACCCACGCCAUAGACUGUACAGACUGUUAUCAGUGGCUGGCAUUUAUUGUGGAUGCCUGCAAAUUUAAAAUGGGAGGAAGGCGCCCAUAUGGACCAUGGUAAUUGGACAAGCGUUAUGUCGUUGGGAAAGAGAUACUUGAGGCCACUGUUAAAUUCAUACUUUCUUCACAGAUUACUGAGCAAAUUAAAGUGUUGAAGUGGUUCUGCUUGAUGUAAAACCAUACAUAUAUUUAUGGUGACGGAAACAUUAUAGUUACAAGUAUUUUAAAAUAAACCACUGAGGACAUUAUUUUGUUAUACUGUAUUUGUAAUAUUUCUUUAUUUCUCACCAACCCAGUAAGCUUUUUCAGUACAGUCACAUAAAAGCUUUUUUUUUCUUCUUGUUUUUAUCACUAAAAUAAGCUGCAUCCCCAUUAAUGCUUACAGUUUACCAAGCUACAGUUAAGUCUAUUAGUUUUAAAAUCAUAUACUCCAUAGCUGAAAUUGCUUUGAAAUAAAGCUCAGCUGGUCUGACAAAGCAACAAGUAGUCAAAAACUGCAGGAUUUCUGUCUUUUAAAAAUGUAAUAUGUCUAAUUAAAUAUCUAACUUGCCAUUCCUCAAUGAUUAGAGGGUUACAGAUGCUUCAUCAAAUAGAGCUGCAAUGCUACCUUGUGUCAAACAGGUGGUACUUCAUCCAAUAUAAAGUAUGUCUGUUAGCACUCUCUACUGGUGAAAACAGUCUUGCACCUCAACAUUUAUUUUAUUCAGAGAUUCACACUAAAGUUGAUUCUGUUUUUGGCAUCUGCAUUUUUUGGUCAACUGCUUUAAGCCAAAAUAAUGUGUUUGUGCUUGGAAUGAAGAGUGUAGAACCAGGCUAAAGAAAUAUAACAAUGUAAUACUGGUGAUCUUGAAUUUAAGCUUUUGGUAUAUUCAGACUUGUUUACUGUAACUGACUUUUACAUCUCGAAACUAGUAUUUUUGUUUUAACUGGUUACAGUGUCCGUGUGCAUGCAUGAAUGUGUGUACGUGUAUGUGUAUGUGCGUGUGAUGCUGUCUGUGUCAUUCUUAGGGCUUUGUGCAAAUGUCCACCUAAAAAAAACAUCAACUGUGAAGCCUUGCGUAUCGUAUUUGUUUACUAUCAAAGUGUUCUACCAUAGUAUUGUGCUCUUGUUUUGCACUUAAAUUAUAAAGGAAAUUAAUUGGGUGUGGCCAACAUCUCUAAGCUGUUAUAGAAAGGGCCCUGUUAAACUAGCAAGGAAUCAGAUCUUUAAUCACCAAACCACCAAAACCUAGUGAAUACAGCUGUGCAUGGAGCAGUUAUAAGUGAAAUAUCCCAUAGUUACAGUUGAGGAAUUGUCUAGAUUGAUAUGAAUGGUAAAUGGACAAGCCACCCCUUAGAUGUUUUUGUUUCUAGCCUAGUGAAUAGAAUGGUUUAGGAGUAUGAAACCAAGUUUCUGGAAGCAAGACAAUUGCUGUUGAAGGGAUUUCCUACGGUGCUAUUCCAUGUAUAAAUAACCUUUUGGAUUUAAUGAGCCAACAACCUGCAAAAACAUGUAUGAAUGUUGAAUUAUGUCUGGCUGCAACUGAAGAACAAAGACUAUUAAUGUCAUUGCAUUGACAGCAGUAGUCCUGUGGAACAACAACUAUUGCCUUAGAACAAAAAUGUAUAUUCUUGCACAUAAUCGUUCUGUAGAUAUUUGUGUUUUGAUUUUGCUUUUCAGUUAAAGAACCUGAAGAUUUUAUUGUAAAACAAAUUCAAUCUUUCUAGAGUAUAUUGUAGCAGAAGGUGAUAUUUCAACAAAGAACCAUUGAUGUAUGUUAUGUAAACAGGGCCAUAUCCGAGCUUUAGUCAAGGUGUAUAUGCAUUUAUGUGGUAUGGUCAAACAGUUUAGUUGUUACUGUAUGUGCCAAGUUCCAUUUGAACCUAUUCACUGUAGUUUAUGUUAUUUUCUGAUGUUUGUAGCCUGGUAUUAGUGGCUUUUAAAGUCAUUAAAACCUGUGUCAGGUUGAUAUUAAAUAUUUAUGUGUCGCUGAAAAGUUCUUCAGUGUCAGCUGCAUCUUAUUACAAAAGUUUUCAACCUGUAAUUUACCAAAUGGCUGAAUUCAUUUAUGGUUUGACUAGACUGCUAUAGGUUGAGUGCUGCUCAUCCUAAAUUCAAGUAUAACAUUGGAUCUUUUGCCACUUGUCCGGAGGUAGGUUUUUAUUAAUUACACCACAGGGCGAAACACUGACAGCAGUGAGAUAAAAUAAUAACUUAAAUAUGUUGUCACUGGUGACUGAUGUAUUAUUAUCUUUGCUUAUUUGGUAGCUCUGUGCUUACAAAUGUGGUGGUUAUCCAUCAAUGCAACUUAAGACACCACAUAUUAAUUUAACCAAUAUAUUGUUAAUCCAGUCAUCUGCAUUCUAAUGAGAACAACAUACAACAACAUGUGUUGUAUUUGUUUCACCAAAUGAUAACUGUCAUGUUCUGUUAUGAUUAAUGUCAUAACAAAACCUGCUGAAUGUUGUUCUGUGUUUGUAUUAAAAAAAGCCCGUAGAGCUUUUCUAAGUUUAGGGCUAAGGUGGGGGUCAAGCAAUAAAAAAAAGCCUGGUAAGAAAAUUGGCAUAGCAUUGUAGAUACAAUAUCUUCCAAAGCCUGCAUGCAUCCUGAUGAACUGGUGUAAUGUUAUAUAAAUGUGUUACCACCAGGGAGCGCUGCUGUUCAUUUGAUGAAAUACUCUUCUUGUGGGCUUUCUUUUGUCACGUGACUGUUUUUAAUAUAUUUAAAACCUCUGUUUUAAGGAGUUUACAUUACUUAGAACAGUCUUCAUCAGAAUCAAAGACUGAGCAGAGAACUACAUAUAUGGUCUAUUCUAUUGCAGGUUUAAUUUCUUUUUUUUUAAUGAUUGCCCCAAGGAGAUUUGUAAUUUAUUUCAGAUUUAAAGGUUAAUGAGGGUUACACUUAAAAAAAAAAAAAAUGUUAAUGUCCUGUGUUCAAAAAUCUACACUGGGUUUAAAUGCAUUUACCCUCUAGGCUGUUGUAAAGAGUUUACAGAUCAGGUAUUAAAUCUUGGUGAAGUCAGAGCCUGGUGUGCUGAUCUGGAUUUGCUCUUCACAAUGAAUACCUUUCAUCUGCUUGGACUAAUUUCUUGUUGGCAGUGUAGUUUAUCGGGGUAAAUGAUUAAUUGAAGAAUGAUAUACAUUUAAAAAUUUAUUGUGACAAAAUGUCCAGAUGCACACUGCACAAUCAAAAAUAAAUACUGUAAGUGUAGGUAUUCAUUUAAGAAUACACUCAACACACUUAUUAUUUAUAUAUAAAUACCUGGAAAGAGCACAUUUUCUACUGUGAACAACUAUUGAAAAACUUGAACUGAUAGAAAUGAACUGAAAAUACCUCCUACACAGCCGUCUUUAUACCUGAUAACAAAAACAAAUUCCAAGAAACAAGUACGCUUUCACCUGGAUAUGAUUUUGGCAGUGCAACACUGUAAUGUGCUGUACUUUAAGUGUUUCCUGGAACUAUUUAACCUUCAGUUCAGGAAGCAUAAACUAAUCUUCACUCAGGCGUUAAGCAUGCAUGUGGAAAUCUAUUGUAUAUAUCACAAAUCAACUGUAUAUUAUCAAAUGUAAGGUUCAUGAUGUUAUAUUAUACUAUAUUUGUUACCAGUUUAAUAUUUUGUGGCACAGUGUCACUAAAUUACCAUAGGGCAAUUUACAUAGCCAACAUAUACUAAUGACAAACAUAGAG